AUGUCUUUGUCAAGACAGCUUCUUCUUACCAUUGGAGAAACUGGCAACAAAGAAGGCCAGUUAAAAGAGCCAUGUGGACUCACUGCAUGGACAAAUGGUGAAGUAGUUGUCGCUGAUCGCGGUAAUAGCAGAAUUCAGGUGUUCGACCGACAUGGGCAUUACAAGUACCAUUUUACUUAUAAUGACUUCAAGAGACCAUUCGACCCUAUUGAUGUAGCAAUCACAAGAGAUGACAGUAUUAUGGUGACUGACUACAGUAAUUGUAAGAUUGUCGUAUUUGACCGUAAUGGCCAGAUGAUUGAUCAAGUUGGCCAUCAGGAAAUCCAUGGCCCAUGGGGAAUCACAGUCAAAGAGGAUGGUAGCUUUUAUGUAGUUGAUAGAGAUUUUAAGAGUGUUGUCUUCUAUGAUAUGUAUGGUACACAUAUGAAUACCAUCGGUGGGCCGGGAAAAGAGACUGGUGAUCUCCGCUUCCCACUCUAUGCUGCUACAAGUCAAGAUGGGAAUUGUGUCUAUGUCACCGAUAGUAUAGGCCAAGCUGUGAAAGUUUACGACUCUCAUGGGACUUACAUGCAUCAGCUGAGUGUAAGAGGACAAAAGGAGGGGCAGAUCUUUUGGCCGACUGGGGUUGCAGUUGAUAGGAAAGGCAAUGUGAUUGUAGCAGAGUUUCAGGAUGUUUUUGGAGGUGGUUGUAACAGACUGCAACGAUUUCAGCCGGAUGGAGUUUUUGUAGAUAGAAUUGAUGACAAGGGGAAUCUUAGCCAUCCACUCGGCCUGGCUGUCAGCUCUCCACUUGGUAAUACACAGAGACUGUACGUCUCUGACUGGGGUCAUGACUUAAUCAAAGUCUAUCAAAUUUACAUUUCUUGA